AUGUCGAUGGAGGCGGCAGCCGCCGUACGCAAAGCGCGUAUCCAUGCGCUACGGUCGCUACGCGAAGCAGAGGAGGCGGGAGACCAGGCUGCCAUCGCCGCCAAUGCCUUUGGCGCGGUGGUAAAGCAAUCCUUUCGGCAGAGCGAGCCACCAGCGUCGUUGGUAUCGACACACAAGCCGCCUGAAACCGUAGAGAAGGAAGUGGAUGGCUUGCAAGAGCGUGUGAUUGAAAAUGACCGAGCGAAACAGGCCGAGGAUCUGGAUUUGAUGAACAUAGCGCCACGGAAGCCCAAUUGGGACCUGCGUCGUGACUUGGAGCAGCGUCUCCAGCAGCUCGACGCACGCACCAAGGCGGCGAUUCACACAUUGAUUGGUACGUACAUCUUGUCUUCUCACACGUAG